GCGCUGCUGAUUGCUUUCUGUGUCCUCGUCGUGAUCUGUUUCACUACCGUUCUCGUCACUGUCUUGCUGACAAGGCGGUAGAUCGAUGGAGGGACAAAGUUCCACAUCCGAACUAUACGGGGAUCUCAGUGCAUCGAUGUACGACACCGACGAGGUUCGUGCUGGAGAUGGUCAGCGCCAUGAACGUAUGCGCAGGACAGGAUAUUCGUCAAUGACGUGGCCCAUCAUGGCAGGUCAUGGUUCCAUGACUCACCGUUUGGACCAGGCGGACAGAGACGGACUGCACAACACGACUUUCGCGGCCAUGGGAACACAAGCUUCGUCAUGCGUCGACGGUCGUGGGGGUCUCAUGGGGCGAGAAAAGUACAUGGAGACUGCACAGAGGACAACAAACAACAACGAAAGGCCGACACACGUGUCCUACCAGUCAUGGGGAGGCGCAUCAGCAAUCAAUGUCGGUGUUUGGGGUGUUGCCGGACAAUACGAAGACAUGGCGCCCACACAGCGAAUGAGUGUGAUAUCGUUGCUGCAGGCAGGGCAUGCGCAUCGGCCGACCGCAGGGGGGCAGACAACUGUGUGUGAUCGUGCUUCGCGAUACCAACAUGUUUCAGUGGGGGGACCCGGGGUGGUGUGGCACUACGCGGUGCCUAGUGUCGCAUAUCCAGGCGGGGUCAGUGCUCAGCAAUCGCCGACACGCCACCAAGAACCGCGGCAAAGGACAAUGCUGGACGACGAGCAGGGGACAUGGGUGGCUUCCGUAAUACAGGAAUACGUAUUCCCGAUGGGAAGGACGGAAGGUAGACAGGCAGGGAGCGCCAAUGCAAUGAGGGACAUGGUCAUGGUCGGGGAGUGUUUGUCGGACAUGGCGGGUGUGGCUUCAGACGGUGAGGGUGAAGGGCUGGCGGCAGGAUUGGAUGGGAAGAAUUUCGACGGUGGCGAUGGUGAUGAAGGACCGGUAGCCGAUUCGUCGAUGAACCCACGUGGAGGUGGACAUGGGUGGAGCACCAUAGGGGAAGAUUGUCGGAAGAAGUGGACAGAGUUCCAGAAGAAGGUCAGGGAGGUUCGUGAUGCCUACAUUGGCUCCGACAAACCGGGGUACUACGGCAUUACUACGGAGGAGAGGAAGACAUUGGGGAUACCCCUGAUGUUUGAGAAGCUGUUGUGGGACGUCAUGGAGUGGUACCAAAAGAAGGCGUCCUUCAAUUGCGACAACACGAUGCCGUCAGAGGAAUUGAGGGGGACUGGAUUGAGCGGAUCGGCGGGCGAGGCAGGUUCCGAAGGUGGGGGUACAAAACCCACCGAGAGUGCAGCAAAACAAGGAGGACCACAACUAGAAAAGGUCUGGGAGGUGAGUCAUCGUCCUCAAAGUUCCGAGUCGGCAUGGCUUCGGUGAUGAAGGAAUCCACGCGGUCUCUCUGCGAGGGCCUGGACAAUGCUGCCGGGAGCAUGGCAUGUGCCAC